UGAGGUGAUUGGUUGUGUCAGGGGUCUGAUCGUGUCGCUCCGCCCUGAGAUCAGACAGGAAGUGAAUGGAGACACAGACUGAGAACAGGCCAGAGUUUCACACACACACACUCUUUCAAGAAAUAAACUCAUGAAAUAUCAGCUGAGCACGCCACUCAUCAACACACACUACAGAACACAGCACAGCACCUCUGAAGCGCGGCAGACGGAAGAAACUGCUCGGAAGAGAUGAGAAGGACGCUUUACUCUUCUAAACUAGUUUAACUAGCUCUACACGCGAGGAGAAACGUGAGUUUGGUGUCAUACAGCAGUUGAGAAGCAUGUCAUGAGGUGUUAUGGGCUGGUCCAGCUGUUUGCUGCAGGUCAUGGCGCAGGAGAGCACGGUGCAGUACGAGCCGGUGGCAGAGAUCGGCGGCGGCGCUUACGGGACCGUCUACAAGGCUCGAGAUAGAGACAGCGGGCAGUUUGUGGCUCUGAAGAGUGUGAGAGUGCAGACCAAUCAGGACGGCCUUCCUCUGUCCACGGUGCGAGAGGUGGCGCUGCUCAAACGACUCGAGCAGUUCGACCAUCCCAACAUCGUCAGGCUGAUGGACGUGUGCGCCACACUGAGAACAGACCAGGAAACUAAAGUAACUCUAGUGUUUGAACACGUGGAUCAGGACCUCAGGACGUAUCUGGAGAAAGUGCCGGCACCCGGACUGUCCAUCGACCGGAUCAGAGAUUUGAUGCAGCAGUUGCUGUGUGGUCUGGCGUUCUUGCACUCGAAUCGAGUUCUGCAUCGGGACCUGAAGCCGGAGAACAUCCUGGUGACCAGCAGAGGGCAGGUGAAGCUGGCUGACUUCGGCCUGGCGCGGAUCUACAGCUGCCACAUGGCGCUCACACCGGUGGUGGUGACGCUGUGGUAUCGCUCUCCUGAGGUGCUGCUCCAGACCACUUACGCCACGCCGGUGGACAUCUGGAGCACCGGCUGCAUCUUCGCUGAGAUGUUCAGACGCAAACCUCUCUUCUGUGGAGAUUCAGAGGUGGACCAACUGGGCAAGAUUUUUGCGGUGAUCGGCCUGCCGGCUGAAGACGAGUGGCCCACUGAUGUCACUCUGUCCCGGCAGAACUUCAGCCCUCAAACCCCUCAGCCAAUCACAGACUGCGUUCCUGAGAUCAGUGAGAAGGGGGUGGAGCUCUUAUUGGAAAUGCUGACGUUCGACCCGUUGAAACGAAUCUCUGCGCUGAAUGCUUUGGAACAUCCAUUCUUUGCCGAAUGAGCGCUUUAUUCCCAUUAUUCACUGCAGCUUGAGGUCACAAAUGCAGCCUGGACCAUGAAGAGCGUUUUCCCACCACAUACUUAAGGACUUUAACAUUCAACCAUACCUGUCUGUGUGUUUAAACGUGUGCGUCUGUGAGUGUUUUCAGUGUUGUACAGGAUGAGCAGGCGUGAUGAUAGACUUGAACUUUUAAGUGUCAUAUUUCUCUGCCUUUACAGUGUAUUGUGGGUCAGUGGAACAUUAUCAUUUGCAGGUGCUAUGACGCUGCAUUUCAUUUCUGGUGGGAGAGCACUCUCUGUGUGUGUGUGUGUGUGUGUGUGUGUGUGUUAUCCUGUGUCCAGCAUCAGUGUGCUGAUUUCACUGCCGCUCUGUAUGUUUCCACCAGACAAAAUAUAAACCAGAUAAACGGCCCCUAGAAAUCACUGAUUAGUGAUCAGGAUCAUGUCCUCACUGCGUAAAGUCUGCUAAGACUGAUACAAAAUAAAACUGCCAUUAGAGUCGGAGAAGCCAUUCACGACUUUUCCAAUUCAACUGAAAUAAAAUGCUUUUGUUUAUAAAUAUGUGUGGAUUUUAAUUUUUUAGUUUAAUCAUACAUGAAAUAACAUCUAACUGUUACAUGAGAUAUGGUGAUGAAAUAAAGCUGCUGAAUUGAAUGAAAUAGGUUGUAAUGCGGCGUGUUUGUUUGUGGGUAGGUUAUGUACGUGACGUCAUGUUUCUGUUGUGUCAUGUCUUAUAUUGCUGUCAGUCUCUGUGUGUCUUAACAGACCUGUAUCAUAUUGAUGAUUAAUGUGAGCUGCCUGCUCUCCUGUCCUGUGCUUACAUUUACAUUUCUGCAUUUGGUAGACGCUUUCAUCCAAAGCCACUUGAUUGCAUGUCAGAAGUUCUUGCAUUCCCUGAGAAUCAAACCCAUGACAUUGGCGUUACU